UGUUCCAAGGCAGCUCACUGAGAGCGAGGAGGACCUCAGCCUGGAUUUGGGGGCCCUUCAGGGCAGCGAGUAUCUCCAGGACCUGGGCCUUGGGGCCCCUUCCCAUAGUCAACUUGGGGAGUCCAAGGACAGAAGUCCCCCUAGCAAAGAAGCUGGAAAGGACUCACCCUUCUCCAGCCCCGCAGGGUCCCAGAGCCCGCCACAGCAGCGCAGCUGGGAGAGGUCACGGAGCUGCUCAGAAAGCUGGAGUAGGUUCAGCCUCGAUGCUUCAGCUAUGGAUGAGGGACCCUGUCUCCCUCGGGCACUGGCUAGUCUUGCUCUAAACCUGCCAGGAGAAGGGCUGAAGACUUGGACACAAGGGGAUCUGCCUGGGGACAGGAUCCCAGCAGAGCACCCAGGCAAGGAAUGUGGCAGCUCUGAAAAAAGAGUGAGGUCACAGUCAGUUCCUGUGUCCUUUCAUGAGGUCAGCUCCCUGGAAAUCUCUCCGGGUUUGGAAGUGCCCAUUCCACCUGCCCAAGGCCUAGAACCCCCAGUGCUGGAACACAUGGAACAGGACCAUGUGGAACCAGAUCAUGUACUGAUCGUCCAACAAGUGCUUCAAGAACUUCGGCAGUACCAUGGGGCCCGGCAGAGGGCUUGCAUGUCAGCCAGCCCCGGAGGAGCCCACUCUAACCUAACCUGGUUUGAGUUCCUGUCCGAGAGCGAGGACAGUGCUGGCAAGAAUGAGAAGAGUGAGAAGAGCACUAGGGUGAAGCGUAGGCUGAGCUGCCUCCGAAGUCGUGUCACCAGGCAGAAGGAGAAGGUGAAGAGCCCAGCACAUCUAAAGGAAAAGAGUCAGAACACUCGAGAGAAGCGGGAGUGUGUCAAUGGGCACCAGCUGGCACAAGGGACCUUCUUCAGCCACACUAGCUGCCCCCUGUGUGGCAAACCCUUCUUGAGUUCUGCCUCGCUCAAGGAGCAUCCCCGGAGCACCCUCCUGUCCGAUGGCAGCCCAGCCUUCUCCAGGAAUGUCGGCAUGACGGUCUCUCAGAAAGGGGGUUCCCAGCCAGCACUGAGCCCGGCUGGAACUGGGAUGAGACUCGGACCAAUCUCAGGAGAGAUGGAUGAAGCCGAUUCUGUGUUUUUAAAGUUUAAGCAGGCAGCUGAUGACUCUCUUUCACUCACAUCUUCUAACACUGAGUCCAUUUUUGUAGAAGAUCCCUAUGCUGCCUCACUGAGGAGUGAGAUUGAAUCUGACAGCCACGAGUUCGAGGCUGAGUCCUGGAGCCUUGCUGUGGACUUGGCCUACGCCAAGAAACAAAAGAGGGAGGUGGUGAAAAGACAGGAUGUCCUUUAUGAGCUGACACAGACAGAGGUGCACCACGUGCGCACGCUCAAGAUCAUGCUGAAGGUGUACUCCAGGGCCCUGCAGGAGGAGCUGCCGGGCAGCUGUGAUGCCCUUAGCCGCCUCUGCGUCUGUGCGGACGACCUGCUGGACAUGCACAGUCGCUUUCUCUCUCUGCUCAAGGAGCGCCGCCACCAGUCCCUGGAGGAAGGCAGUGACCGGAAUUACGUCAUCCAGAAAAUUGGAGACCUCUUGGUACAGCAGUUUUCAGGUGAAAAUGGAGAAAGAAUGAAGGAAAAAUAUGGGGUGUUUUGCAGCAGCCACAAGGAGGCUGUCAGUCAGUACAAGUUGCUGUUGCAAAGCAAGAAAUUUCAAAAUUUGAUCAAGAAAAUUGGCAACUCCUCCAUUGUGAGGCGGCUGGGCAUGCAGGAGUGUAUUCUUCUGGUCACUCAGCGCAUAACUAAGUACCCAGUGCUGGUGGAGCGCAUCAUUCAGAACACGGAAGCCGGCACUGAGGACUACGAAGACCUGACCCAGGCCCUGAACUUCAUCAAAGACAUCAUCUCACAAGUAGACACCAAGGUCAGUGAAUGUGAGAAGGGCCAACGCCUCAGGGAGAUUGCAGGAAAGAUGGACCUGAAAUCCUCCAGCAAACUCAAGAAUGGGCUCACCUUCCGCAAGGAUGACAUGCUUCAGCGGCAACUGCACCUGGAGGGCACACUCUGCUGGAAGGCCACUUCAGGGCGCUUGAAAGAUGUCCUUGCUGUCCUGCUGACCGAUGUACUUUUGCUGCUACAAGAAAAGGAUCAGAAGUAUGUCUUUGCUUCCGUGGACUCAAAGCCUCCUGUCAUCUCUUUACAAAAGCUCAUUGUGAGGGAGGUGGCCAAUGAGGAGAAAGCAAUGUUUCUAAUCAGCGCCUCCCUGCAAGGGCCUGAGAUGUACGAGAUCUACACGAGCUCCAAAGAGGAUAGGAACACAUGGAUGGCGCAUAUCCGAAGGGCUGUAGAGAGCUGUCCCGACGAGGAGGAAGGGCCCUUCAGCGAGGCUGAGGAAGAAAGGAAGGUGAUUGAGUACCGUGCGAUGAGGCUCAGGGACUUCCAAGAGCGGUUGAGCCUGAAAGACCAGCUGAUCGUGCAGAGCCUUGCAGAAAAGCAACAGAUCUACCUGGAGAUGGCUGAGAUGAGCGGACUGGAAGACGUUGCCCAGGCUCGCACCCUCUUCCAUGGAGCAGACCUUGCUGAGACCCUGCAGGGGGAGCUGAUUUUCAAGUCGGCCAUGAGUGAGAUGGAGGGCAUUCAGAGCCUCAUCUGCAGGCAGCUGAGCUGUGCUGUCAGUCAGGCAGAAGAUGGAGACAGUUCUGUGGGCCUGCCCAGAAGGGCCGAGACCUUCGGAGGCUACGACAGCACCAAUAGCCCCAGCAAGAAUGGCAGUUUUAAGAAGAAAGUCUGCAGCACUGACCCCAGGCCUGGAGACUGGCAAGGCCCUGCAAACAGCAUGGACCCAAAGCUUGGUGACAACAAUACCUCUGGGGGCUCUGAGGAAUCACCACAGGUGAUGGAAGCACCCGGCAUGGAGUGUGGCCCCCGUCUGCCCACUGUCCUGGAAUCGGAGCUGGUCCGGCGGUUCCAGAUGUUGUACCAGUUGCUCCUGAGCCUGCAGGCGGUCGUAGUGCAGCAGGACAGCUACGUGGAGACGCUCCGCGAGCGUGAGAAGCAGUUCCGGCUGCAGUCGACGCGCGGGAACCUGCUGCUGGAGCAGGAGCGACAGCGCAAUUUCGAGAAGCUGCGCGAGGAGCAGGCAGGUGUGGAGAAGCUGCAGAGCCAGCUGCGGCAGGAGCAGCAGCGCUGGGAGCGUGAGCGCCAGCGGCAGUGUCAGGAGCUGGAGCACACGGCCGCGCAGCUGCAAGAGCGUGAGGACGAGGUCCGGCGGCUGCAGGAGCGGCUGGCACAGGAGCGCUGCGAGCUAGAGGGCCAGCGCCAGGCCUACCAGCAUGACCUGGAGCGGUUGCGUGAGGCCCAGCGUGCUGUGGAGCGAGAACGUGAGCGCCAGGAGCUGCUGCGCCGCCUCAAGAAGCAAAACACGGCGCCAGGAUCACUGCCGCCUGAUGCACUGGCCGAGGCCCAGCCUGCAAGCCAUCCUCCUAGCUUCAACGGGGACGGGCUGGAGGGGUCGCGAGUGAACAUGGUGCUGCCUGGCAUUGGGCCUGAGUACACAGAGCGCCCUGAGGUGGCUCGCCGAGACAGCGUCCCAGCUGAGGGCCGGCCAGCCAAGAGUGACGUGCCUAUCCAGCUGCUCAGUGCCACCAACCAGAUCCAGAAGCAGGCGGCCGUGCAGCAGCAGAUUCCUACCAAGCUAGCUGCUUUCACCAAGGGCGGCAAGGACAAGGGCAGCAAGAGCAGGGGCUCCCAACGCUGGGAGAGCUCAGCAUCCUUUGAUCUAAAGCAGCAGCUGCUGCUCAACAAAUUCAUAGGGAAGGAUGAGAGUGCCUCACGGAGCCGCCGGUCACUGAGCCCCAUCCUGCCCAGCAGCCACAGCCCUGCGCCCCUUGCAGAGCCCUGCUCCCUAGCCCCAAGCCCGGCCCCAGUGGACAGCCCCCCUGACUGCUUCUCCCUCAAGGCUGGGACCACAUCUUUCCUGCCGGUGCCCCCAUCCCCCUCACCAGCCACACCAUUCACCGCCAAGGAGGAAGCCAGCAAGGAAGAUGUCAUCUUCUUCUAAAAAGGCCAGGGAUUGAGGUGCAUACCCUCCUAGCCCUGCCUACCCUCUGCUCUCUGGGAACCCCCACAGGGUGCCACCCAGCUGUCCCCCUCCCUUUCCUGAGCAAACCACUGACAGCUGCCUGGCUGGAGCUGCCUAUUGGUGCUUUGGGUCUCAUGGCUCUUUCUGUAGGAUUAGCAGUGGUACCUGGGUCACUUUCUAAACCUUUCUUUUUCCAGAAAGGAAAGUUUUUAAUCAAAGGUUGAACCAGAGACAAACCAAGGAGCUGUUUUAAAUCAUAGCACCCCCAUUUGGUUAGAGGAACCCCUAGCCAUUUUCCCAAGGCAGUCAGGAAUGGUGAUGCUGGUUCUGCAAUGGGCUGAAGGACAGGACAGACCUCAAUCUAGGAAGGAGCUGCUGGCCCCAGCUGGGCUCCUCGGCCAUUAGGAGAACAGGUAGUCAGGGCACCAGGGGGCAGGUGUUGUCAUGUGCAUCUGUAUCCAGAGUUGGGCAGGAUCCACUUGCACAGCAGAGACCCACAUAGGUUCAUGAUGAACCUCUGAGCUACAGGAUGAGCUGGGCAUGGGGUGGACAACCAGCUCUGGGGCAGAGAAGGCUACAGGACAAGGCCAGCUGAGGGCACAGGUAGGUUCUCUGGGUCUGGAAACUCAUCUAGAAAGGGACUGACCUAUAGUCCUUUUAACUUGGCAGAGUUUUGUUUUUUGUUUGUUUUUUUUUUUUUUUGA